GUUAGAGUAGGCCCGUCACCCUCCCGCCUGGAGCCCGAGCCUCAACACUUGACCCAAAUAUUUAAAAAAAUCUUCCCCAAGACGACAAUAAUCUUACCCGCAAAUGAAAGCAAUAAUCACCAACAAGUUACGAUUACACCAAAGGAAUUAAUUAGGGUGGCUGGAGGUGGUUGAGAGGGAGAUAUCUGAGCGGUGUGUGUCGCCGGAGGGAGCCCCGGACUGUAAACAUUGGGAGGGAGAGGCCAGGCUCGACUCUCACUCUCACUCUCACACACACUCUCCCCGGCCUCUCCACUGUACAGGGAAGAGCAACAAUGUCCGAGACGUGUGAGGAUCGCGCCGAGGAGUUCAAGAACCAGGCCAACCACCACUUCAAGCAACAGCAAUAUGACAAGGCAAUUGAGCUGUACACCUCUGCGAUAGAAUUAAACGACACUGUUGCCAUAUAUUACGGGAAUCGAAGUUUUGCUUACCUCAAAACAGAAUGUUUUGGGUACGCCCUUCAAGAUGCUUCGAAGGCCUUGGAAUUAGACAAGACAUACAUCAAAGGUUACUACAGAAGAGCCUCAGCUUACAUGUCAUUAGGCAAGUUCAAGCUGGCACUAAAGGACUAUGAAACGGUUACAAAAACGCGACCCAAUGAUCGAGAUGCCAAAAUCAAGUUCAGUGAAUGUCAGAAAGUGGUCAAGAUGAUAAUGUUCCAGAAGGCGAUAGCCGUAGACGACGAUAACAAAUCUGUCGCACAAUCUAUAGACUUGGAAUCUAUGGCUAUAGAAGAUGAUUACAUAGGGCCGCGUCUUGAGGAUGGGAAGGUAACGGAGACGUUUAUGCGGGAGCUGAUGGAACAUUACAAGGCACAGAAGAAACUGCAUCGUCGGUAUGCGUACAAGAUACUGUUAGAUGUAAAGGAUCAGCUGAUGAAGCAACCCACCCUAGUCGAUGUCACUAUUCCUGACGACUCCAAGUUUACGGUCUGCGGAGACAUUCACGGACAGUUCUAUGACCUCAUGAACAUUUUUGAUCUUAAUGGACUACCUUCAACUACAAACCCAUAUCUCUUUAAUGGAGACUUCGUUGACAGAGGGUCCUUUUCCGUGGAAUGCAUUUACGUCUUAUUUGGCUUCAAACUUCUCUACCCCAAUCACUUCUUUAUGUCCAGAGGUAACCACGAGAGUGUGACCAUGAACCAGAUGUACGGCUUCCAAGGGGAGGUGAAGGCCAAGUACACAGCACAGAUGGCCGAGCUCUUCACCGAAGUGUACAACUGGCUCCCGCUCUGUCACUGUCUCAACUCACGGGUCUUGGUGAUGCACGGGGGGCUCUUCUCUGAUGACAACGUUACCUUAGAUGACAUCAGAAAAACAGAUAGAAACAGACAACCGCCGGAAGAAGGUAUAAUGUGCGAGCUGUUGUGGAGUGACCCCAUGCCUGGCUUGGGUCGCGCUCCGAGCAAACGUGGUGUUGGCAUUCAAUUUGGACCAGAUGUUACCAAAAGAUUUCUGGAGAAGAAUAACCUGGAGUAUAUAAUUCGCUCACAUGAAGUCAAAGCCGAGGGUUACGAAGUGGCUCACGACGGAAAGUGUAUUACUGUAUUCUCGGCACCUAAUUACUGUGACACAAUGGGUAACAAAGGAGCAUUUAUCACAAUGAAUGGAAAAGACUUAAAGCAAAGAUAUACGUCGUAUGAAGCCGUGCCUCAUCCUCCAGUGAAGCCAAUGGCAUAUGCCAAUUCCAUCUUAAGUUUGUUCAGUUAAGAGAAAUUUGAAGGGCUCGAGUCUGUGCAGUCACGCGCUUCUGGGAUGAGAGACAAGAGUCCCAACCUGUACGAUACAGCCUGCAAAAUUCACUUUUCUGUGUGGAUUCAAUCCACACCGAGGAUUCACAUACAUGAUUAUAAUAGUGAUUGCUCUCAAAUCUGUGCCUUCUAGAUGAACCUGAGUGUAACGAUGACAUCUGGAACCCCAUCUGUGGUGUCAGAUGACAUGAUCGUGAGUGUGACGGUGCCAUCUGGAACCCCUUCUUUGGUGGCAAAUGAGAUGAUCGCGAAUGGAAGGAUGGAUAUUAAGGGUUUGGUAUUUGGAACUCACAGACCAGCUGAGCUCUGUGACUGGAAAUGCGUGCUCUACCAGCAAUCACAAUCAUCACCAAGUGUUGAGGCUUUAGAAUGCCUCAUCUUUCCUUGGGAACCUUCUGUGCCAUUAUUUUUGCACGCCAUUUCCAUUUACGUAGUAUGUUUUAGGAGCCGACUCUCAGCGUCCCUUGCUUAUACUGUAAUGCCUGCCAUCCAUGCAAGUUGUGUUCUCACUAUCAUGUUUUAUUGCCUAAGACUGUUUUGUUACUGUUAAUUUACUCCUAAUCAUUUUAGAUUGCUAAUUAUCUUCAUCUUGAGUCAGUGCAUUUUUGUAAAUCUGUAUACUUAAUAUAUUCUUUUUGUCAAACCACAUUAGUGUUAGGAAUUUAUUUUGUCAGUAAAGAUACAUUGUUAAUGAGUUCAAUCAAACCACACUAACUUUCACAGUAAUAAUUGACAUUGCAUUUGCCGCCCUACAUUGUUGUCUUUCAUCGUCAUCAUUAUAGGCCAAAACUAAAA